GAGAAAUAUGGCUACUUGGGGUCCACUCAUCAAGGAAUGCGACCUGCAGUAUUUUCAGAAGCUGUCAGGGAAUUUCAGCAGGUGUCCCACCUGACUCUCAGUGGCAGGCUGGAUUCUCCCACCGUGCAUCAGAUGAGCCUUCCCCGAUGCGGCGUGAAUGACGCAGGGAGUCUUGCUGCGUGGAAGGAGCGCGUGGACGCCCUGUUCUUGGGACGGAGGGCCGAGAAAAAGCGCAGGAAACGGUACUCGCACCAAAGAGGCCAGUGGUACAAACGGCAUCUUACCUACCGGGUGGUGAACUGGCCCUGGUACUUACCCCAGCAGCAGGUCCGUCUGGCGGUGAAGGCGGCUUUUGAGCUCUGGAGCAACGUCUCCUCCUUGAUGUUCUGGGAGGCGACGAGUGACUCGGCAGAUAUUCGCCUGACUUUCUUCCACGGGGACCACAACGAUGGGACGGACAAUGCCUUUGAUGGGCCAGGAGGCGCUUUGGCGCAUGCCUUCUUCCCACGCCGUGGUGAGGCACAUUUUGACAACGACGAGAGGUGGUCGCUGGACAGCAGCAAGGGCCGCAACCUCUUUGUGGUGGUGGCACAUGAGAUUGGGCAUACGCUGGGCUUGGAGCAUUCCCCGGUGCGCAGGGCACUGAUGUCCCCAUACUACAAAAAACUGGGCAAGGAUUUUGUCCUCAGCUGGGAUGACAUUCUUGCGAUCCAGAAUUUAUAUGGGAAGCCUCCCUGGGGCUCCACAGUCCAGCUCCCGGGGAAGCUAUUUGCUCGUUUCCAAGACUGGAGCCAGGAUAUUGAAGGCGGGGAGCAUCAGGAAGGAAAUCGCAGUGCCCAUUACUGCAGGUCAUUUUUUGAUGCCAUAACUGUAGAUCUGGAAGGCAAUCUUUACAUCUUUAAAGGUGGCUAUUUUUGGACCAUAUCAAGAGCAGGGAACACCACUGGCCCACAGCUACUCCGGACAAAGUGGCCAGGGCUACCAUCCACCGUUGAUGCUGCCGCCUUCUCAGAGGAAGAUGGGAAAUUCUACUUCUUCAAAGGUGGCAGGUGCUGGCGGUACGUCGGCCCCUCGUUAGAAGCCGGCUUUCCCCGGAAGUGUAGCAGCACCGGUGAUCUUCCACGCCACCCUGAUGCCACCCUCUAUUUCCAGCCCCUCCACCAUCUGAUUCUUUUCAAAGGCCCCAAAUACUAUGUGGUUAACGAGGAGACCUUCCAGGUGGAGCCUUACUACCCCCGGAGCUUGAGAGACUGGGGAGGGGUCCCAGUCAUGGCCAACGGAGCCUUGACUCAUUCGGACGGCUUCGUCUAUUUCUUCCGAAAUGACCGGUUCUGGAAGUUUGAUCCGGAUAAGCUGCAAGUUGUGGCAUCUGGGAAAUGGGCCCCUCAGCUGCGGUGGCUCGGUUGUCAGGCUGAAGACCCAAGUCAGGCCGGAGCAUGACCUUCC